UUGCAGAUUUAGAUUUAAAAAAAUAUGGUGGACUGAAAAAAGUGACGUAUACAAUGAUAAAUUUGCUGACUCUUUUCAGCUUUGCAUUAUUAUUUCAGGAAAUUAGUACGGAUUACGAAGAGCAGAACAAGUCGAUAGUGGAACUUCAAACACGUAAUGGUAUGGUGCGUGGUUAUGAAUCCGUCAUACUUGGCAAACGUGUUCGAUCAUUUCUUAAUAUUCCAUUCGCAGAACCACCUAUUGGAGAUAAUCGUUUUCGACCACCAAUAGCAAAACAACCGUGGAAGGGUACUAUCGAUGCUACCGUUCCUUCACCCGCAUGUUACCAGGGUCGGGAUACAUAUAAUGAAACAUUUUGGGGUUCCGAAAUGUGGAAUGCUAACACACCGGUUCAGGAAGACUGCUUGCGCUUAAACAUUUGGGCUCCAGCAAAUGCACACAACUUGACAACAAUGGUAUGGUUAUUUGGUGGUGGCUAUUAUUCGGGGAGUCCUUCUCUAAUUUUAUAUGAUGGGAAAGCUAUGGCAGUUACCAGUAAUGUCAUUGUUGUUAAUAUUAAUUAUCGUCUUGGACCAUUUGGAUAUCUGUAUUUGGAUCAUGACGAUGUUCCCGGUAAUAUGGGAAUGUUGGAUCAGCAAUUGGCAUUUCGUUGGAUUCAAGAUAAUAUCGUUUCCUUUGGGGGAAAUCCUUCUCGAGUUACAUUAUUUGGCGAGUCAGCCGGUGCGGCAUCAAUUGUUGCACAUCUGAUUGCUCCGGGAAGUCACGGUCUCUUCAAACGCGGCAUCCUGCAAUCCGGUAGUCUAGACAACAAAUGGUCACUGGAUUCACCUCAACGCGCUAUGCAGAAAAGCCUUGCGUUGGCUAGGCAUCAUGGCUGCCAAAGAGAAAAGAUAACGCAUACUAUUAAAUGCUUGAAGUCAAUACCGGCCGCAAAAUUGAUUGAUGGUAUGUGGGAAAACUUGGAAUUUUUGGAAUUUCCAUUUGUAAUCGUUUCAAAGGAUCGUAAUUUUUUCAAAGAAUAUGAUGCAUACAAGGUGCUUCGAAAUGGUCAUCAUAGCAUGGAUGUCGAUUUGAUGAUCGGUAUUAAUCAUGAUGAAGGUAAUUACUGGAACAUUUACUUUCUUCCACAAUAUUUUGACAAGCCAGAACAGCCGCUAUUAAGUCAAGAUGAUUUUCUGGAUUGCAUCAAUAUCGCAUUCAAAGCACAACCGAAGAUGGUUCGUCAAGCAGCUGCUUUCACUUAUAUGGAUCGACGAUGCGAGAAUAUCACUCAAAAGAAUAAAUUUUAUGCUGAACAGGUCAAUCAAAUGGUUGGUGAUUAUUAUUUUACAUGCGAUAGCGUAUGGUUUGCGGAACAUAUGAAAAAAGGAAGUGGCAAAAUCUACGUCUAUUACUUUGACCAGCGUUCUAGCGCUAAUCCAUGGCCAGAAUGGGCAGGUGUUAUGCAUGGCUAUGAAAUUGAAUAUGUAUUUGGUGUGCCGCUCUACAACACAACUGCUCCAUAUACCAAUCAAGAACGUAUUUUCAGUGAAAAAAUAUUGAAAUACUGGGCCAAUUUUGCCAUCUAUGGGAAACCAAAUUUCGAAGGUCAAGAUCGUGAUGUUUGGCCGGAAUAUCAUGAAACCGAAAAGUGGAUGUAUUUACGAGCCGAUGAGCAAAGCGGUUCGAUUGAAAGGCGAAAAAAAGAAGAGUGUGAAUUAUGGAGAAAUGUAAAGGACUUAGAAUUCGCUGACCAUUUGAGAGAAAAUAGUAGUCCCAGGCGAUGGAGACCACAUGGAUCUAUAUUAGUUGUACUCCUUUUAUUGCUCACAGUUCAUCCUAUCAGGUGGUAAUUUCUGACUUGUACUAUGCUACGAUCUACCCCGUUUACUGAAUCGUUUUCUACAUUCCAUUCUAUUUCAUCAAUUGCAGUAAUGUUUUUCCUAUAUUUGUCAAAUCUCCACCGUCCUAAAAUACAAAUUGACUUCAUUUUACUUUCAUUAUUCAAGAAGAUGUGAGCUGGGAAGUUUAAUGAUUAAAAGAAGUUUAGUAAGG